UUUACUGUGAAAAUAAUGCAAGAAUUGCUAAAAAUCAACGACAAACAUUACAUUAUUGAUAUUCGACAGCUGUAUGGCGAUGGCGAUUGCCCUCAGGAACAAAGCACUGCUGCAGCCCCGACGGACCGAGCGCAAAAAAUUCAAUGUAAUGUUUUCGAUCUGGCACAACUGUGGAGUGAAACGAUUUCCUUCACCGACCUGAUCGAACGGGAAAAGCAAUCAGAUUCUAUCAUUCAGUACUCUGCUGAAGUAAUCAGUGAAACCAUGCUGGCUCGAAAGGCGGACGAUUACUCCAUUAGCGAAAGCAGAACCAACAAAAACGAACUGGGCCUCAGGUUAAAAUACUACGUUUCAGGCAUACCGGUAACGUUUAGCAUGAGCUUACAAGCGGCUAGUCAAGAACAGCUCUCACAACACAUACUUCUUCCCGUGUGGCGCUCGUUGCUCGUCCUAUACGAAGAAAAUAGUGCCCUUAGAAAUAUGCUUCUGAAAAAAGAUAUCGAAAUUGAACAGUACAAACUGGAAGGAGCUGUUCUCAAACGAAAUCUUGUAGCGACAACCAAAUUCGAUGAGGCUAAAUUUGAUAGUACCUUUCCGCUUGUCCUGCCGGAGGAAGGCCUAAGGGUGCGUGAGUUGAUCAAACCCAAAGAACGUCGGGGAAAUCUAAUGAAACUGCUGAAGAUCAAGUGUAAAGAAAUGCCGACGGAAUCGACCAGUCCCGGUAAACCAAUAGUUCCGAUGGCACUAACUCCAACGAGAAAAAGCCCCGGUGGACGGGCAAAAGGGCUGAAUGCAAUUUUUGCGAAGCAAAGGGUUCCAAAGUCACUUUCCACCUCAUCUCUGUCACUGAAACGACUCCAAUCAGGCAUGGAUGACGAGGACGAUAAGGAAGGUAUUCUAGAGAAGGAUAAUUCUAAACUCGAUGCGAGUACAGCGAAAGAUUUAAGCAGCCUGGGAGGUGCAAAAAUACGUAAGAUUACAAAACUUUAGGCUAACUGUCAUGUCCUGUGGUCUUGUCAAUUUAAAUUA